GAAUACGACUCCGAUGUCAUCGACUUGCUAGAUCUGGUCGAUCCCGAAGUACGCACACUCGCAACGUUGACCAAUCUGCAGAACUCCAUGUUCGUGCCCGACCUUGGUGGCUUGGUGAAUCGUCGGCCAACAUACAACCUGACAAGAAGGCCCACUCACGAAGAUGCUGCAAUCAUCGCCCGCUCGAGAGCAAACUCUCGAGCGAUUCGACGAAAACCCGUAUCCACUCAACCGAUAGAGGAAAAAUUGUCAGUCUCCUCCCAGCUCAGCGACUCUCACUAUGCGGUCCUUCCUCACGGCGUCAGUCUCUCUGGCUGGCACGAGGAUGACAUUGCCGAGCUCAACGAUCACGUUCGACAUCUCCUUCACUCAAAAAGAGAGGGAUUCAAACGCUCUUGGCGAGGAUUUCGUCAAUACGUUAGCCGGCCUCUGGGCCUGUUCAUCGUUGUAUACGCCACGCUGGUUACUCUAUUUGGAGCCGCCUGGGUUUUUGCGCUCAUCGGAUGGAUCUACGUCGGGAACCGACAGGACUACAUCAUCAACAUUAUCGACUUGACGCUCGUCGCCCUGUUCGCCGUCAUGGGCGACGGAUUGGCACCCUUUCGCGCCGUCGAUACCUACCACAUGUUCUUCAUCGCUCGCUAUCACCGCAUCACACGAAAACGCCGCGAGAAGAAGAACCUUCCCACCCUCGUCGAUCCCAACGAUCUACCCAACCGUCGGCAGUCCGCCACCUCCGCCACUCUCCCUACCCCUGGCGAAGACGGUGCCGACGACAUCAUCGACAAGGAAGAACUCGCCGAAUACUCCGUCCUCACCCCGCGCCAACAACAACGCCUGCAAUACCACCAGGCCAAGUUCAACAAGUCCCACACCUUCUACAAACCCCACGAAACAUCCACCCACCACGCCUUCCCGCUACGUCACAUGGUCGCCGCCGUAGUCCUCCUCGACUGCCAUUCCCUGCUGCAAAUCGCUCUGGGAACCUGUACCUGGUCCAUCGACUAUCGCGUGCGUCCGGAAGCCCUCACCGCCACGAUCCUCUCCUUUUCCAUCGCCUGCAACAUCGCGGCGGGCGUGGUCAUCUCCAUCGGCGACCACAAGACGAGGAAAAAGGACGUGUUGGAGAAGAUGUUCCGUCAGACCCUGACCGAGGAGGCGAUGAAGCGGAUGGCGAAGAAGCACGAACGAGGUGAG